GUGGGCGUCACGCGUCUGCAUAUGGAGGAAGACUCGGCGAAGAUGAACCACCAGGGGGCAGAAAGCCUCGCAGGCUCCACGCACUCCCUCGUCGACUUCAACCGGGCCGGCACCCCUCUCGCCGAGAUCGUGAGCGAGCCCGACAUGAGGUCCGGGAUCGAGGCCGCCGAAUACGGGCGAGAGCUUCAGAGGGUGCUGCGAUAUCUGGGCGUAUCGGACGGAAACAUGGCGGAGGGGUCCAUGCGUCUCGACGUGAACGUCAGCCUCAGGCCCAAGGGCGAAACCCGCCUCAAUAACAAGGUGGAGCUCAAGAACCUCAACUCCUUCCGAGCGGUGCAAGAGGCGGUGGACUUUGAGAUCGUGAGGCAGUCCAGGUGUUACGAGACAGAUGAGAUCAUUCGGCAGGAGACGAGACUGUGGGACGAGAAGAAGAAAGCAACCCAAAUCAUGCGCGUCAAGGAGGGCGAAGCGGACUACCGCUACUUCCCCGAGCCAGACAUCCCACCGCUCGCGCUGCCGGCGGAGUUACGACAAAGAUGGCGUUCCGAGCUGUGCGAGUUGCCCGGGAUCAGGGAGAUCGGGCUGACACCGUCCGGCCUCGCCGAGCUGGUGGGUCUCAUCAGGGAGAGAAACAUCUCGGGCCGCAUCGCGAAGGAGCUGCUGCCAGAGCUGCUGGGAGGCGAGUGGGAAGGGGGCGUGGAGGAACUUGUGCAGGAGAGGGGGAUGCAAGCCAUCAAUGAUCCUGCUGAGAUCGAGGUUUUCGUGCGUGAUGUGAUGGAGGCCAACGCGGACAAGGUGGAACAGUUCCGCUCGGGCAAGACCAAGCUGCAGGGUUUCUUCGUGGGACAGGCGGUAGCCUUGUCUGGGGGCAAGGCGGACCCCGAGCUCACAGGAGAGGUUGCGCGAAGAUUGCUUGAGGACGUUGGGGUUGAGGAUGGGGCGUCAUGACCCCGUUGAAGUUGUUAGUAUAGCAUAGGCAGAAUCAAACAUACCUGUUGUUUGGGAAAAAUUGGGCCACUGCGAAAUAUGAGAUUGCGGUCUAAAUGGUCCAUAUUCACUCUUCUGUUGAAGGGUGUAUUAGCGGUUUCUUCGAUGCAGAUAUAACACGUGGCCGGAAAUUGGAGUGCCGAUGUUCUUACGAGAGAGAUUGUGGAUGGAGAUUCUGCAUCAUCAACCUGAUGUCCUCUGGUUGGUGCUCGCCCGACCCUCCCAAUGACCCGACGAGGUGUCUAAUGAUCGGCUCUUGGGACGCCUGGUGGUGUUUCUUUCCUCACUCCGUACUCCACUCCCCGUGCGCACGCCCGCAACCCCAGUUGAUUGCCUUGGGCCAAACGUUGUCCAACCGCCCCAAACGAGACGGCGGUGUUGCAGUAUCUCACUUGCUUGGAGGUGAUUUGAGUCUUU